UUUCAAUUGGUCGAUUCUUAUCGUUGUUUAUUCUUUACGCAAGCGUGCUCCUGCGGCUGCAGUUUCAGUAUUGCACCCCUGGAACCGCACUCAUGGGACCCUCUUUUUUUGUUUUGUUUAAAUCAUUAACACUUUAGGUGUUGGCGAAGGCGAGUUAAUUUUCAUAGGAUGGCGUUGACGUUUAGGUGAAGGUCUACAUUAAAAUUGCUAAUUUUAGCCGGAUAGACGUUUACGGUUAGGUUAGAGGUGAGUUAAAUUAAGGUAUGGGCAAGGGUUCGUUUAGGUGUUUAUCGAUAUGGUUAAGCGUGUUUCAUCACGUUUUCGCGAUUUAGUCUUGAGAUACUUAUGAGAUUCCUUCGCCAUCCAAGGAAAAAGUAAACUCGUGUCCCGAAGCCAGUGUCAUGAAAUAAUAGGUCCCUGAACUGCGGUCCUGAAACUGCAGCCCCUGGUAUUGCAGUUACAUACAAGUGUCUGCACGGACUGAACUUUGCCAUAGUGUUGUUAUAGAGGACUCUUCUUGAAGGGGGUUUAAACUCCAUCUGGACCUUGAUCAAACAUCAAAAAACGCCGAUUUGUUUUUGCAACACGGAGGCAUCAGCAAUGUUCUCCUCGGGUCUGGAGGGAGAGCUGUUGGGGAUGGGGGUGUGGUCUCUGGGUCUGGGGGCAGUCGGAGCAGCGAUAGUGGGCAUCUUCUUUGCAAACACUGACCUGUGUUUGUCUAAAGUUGCACAGGCAUCGAUGGACUACCUGGAGGAUGCAGACCUGCAAUCCACCGCAGAAGAUGGCGGGGUCAUCAAGGCCAAGAGCCUGUGGGAGGCCAGCGGAGCUGUGGUCAUGGCCGUCCGGCGGCCUGGGUGAUUUCUGUGCAGAGAGGAGGCUUCCGAGCUGUCCUCUCUGAAGCCUGAGCUGGAGAAGCUCGGGGUCCCUCUGGUGGCCGUGGUGAAGGAGGACAUCGGCACGGAGCUGCAGGACUUUAGACCACACUUUGCGGGGGACAUCUACAUAGAUGAGAAGAAACAUUUCUACGGGCCGCUGCAGAGGAAGAUGGGUGGUAUGGGUUUCUUCCGGCUGGGGGUGUGGCAGAACUUCAUGCGAGCCCGGAGAGGGGGUCACCAGGGCAACAUGAUCGGCGAAGGGUUCAUCCUGGGAGGCGUGUUCGUCAUUGGGCCCGGAGACCAGGGGAUUCUUCUAGAACACCGUGAGAAAGAGUUUGGGGACAAGGUUAACACUGCAGAGGUUCUAGAAGCCGUGAAGAAGAUCAUUCCAGCCAAAUAGAUUUAAGUUAAAUUUAAUUAAGAGAAAUUGCAGCGGGCAAGGAAAAUCUCUAUUUAAUUCCUGUGUAAUUAAUUUUUCUAAAUGGCUCUUGAAUUUUGUUCUGUUUUUGAUUUAGAUGUUUUCAUUUUGCAAUGGCAAGUAAAGCUGUUGAUACCUGACAGCAUUUUACCACACUGUGAAUGCAUCAUGGAACCAAAAAUGCAUGUUUUAAUUCCAACCUAUAAUUGCAUGUAUUGUGACCUCAAAACCAGUGCAAUAUGGGAUUCUAAUGACAGAAUAUGUUGGAUUACACUUGAUACAGAUCUUAUGAGUUAUUUUAAUUAUCAUUCGCCCUGUGCUGGGUACCCAGGCUGCAGUCCACAUGGCGGACGGUCUUGUCAGCCUGUGUGUGAUAAUGAAAACCUGACUCUAAACUCUUCAGGAGACGAGCGGGUUGGAUGCUUCCACACACCGGCUCGCUACCGUUGCCAUGCCGACGAGGAGUUCUGGGUGCUGCAGACGGGGGAUGCGUUAUUUGCUGGGAGAGAUGUUGUCUGCCUGUUUGGAUGGCCUGUCAACCGCAAUAAACUCUACACCUAGACUUACAA